CCAGACAAUGCAGCAGCAAACCACUUUCAUCCUGCCUGGUGUUUACCAGAAGCCUCCAGCGUUCACCCCCACCCCUAUGCCAGCUGGAGGGGUGUCCCUCAUGCCUUGGAUGUGGAUAUCAGUGUGUGACACGUAGGUGCAGGUUACUGACUGAUACCCCUGGAGAUGUGAGCUGCCUUCGAGGCUUGUGACUGGUUAGCAGGCGGGUGGGCUCUGGGCCGACGAGCUACUCAUCUUCCAAACCGCUGCCAUUGGAUGUGCGGGAAGCUUCCUCCUAAAAUAGCCCAACGGAGCAUAUAAGAGACAUCGGGGAGGCUGGGCUUUCAAGAGAACAGAUCUGCGGACGAGUGCGCUGCUCUGAGAAGAACUGACUGGCUUUUUUUCCCCACUGACCCCUUCAAGGAAGCCCAACUGUCGAGAGGACCCUGCAAGCUUUGAAGAUCAGGAUGAAAUACUACGAAUGCCCCGUCUCCCAGUCUGUGGGAAUUACCAGGUACACCCAGAAGUGUGGCGUUCCACUGUCCUGUAAGGCUGCGGCCUCCCUGAAGCCAGCCCGGAGCGUCCACUUCCCCAACGACAUCGUUUUCCAGGACUAUGUAAGGCACGGCGAGCUGGAGAGGAUCGGACGCUUCAUCCGAGCCGGAAGAGUGAGCCUGGGCACCAUUUACCACUCAGGCAUGGCGGCCAUCCAUGAGGCGGUGCUGUCUGGAAACCUGGAGUGUGUGAAACUGCUGGUGCAUUACGGAGCAGACAUCCAUCAGAGGGAUGAGGAGGGAUGGACCCCGCUGCACAUGGCCUGCAGUGACGGCUUCCCACACAUUGCACGAUACCUGCUCUCUUUGGGUGCAGACCCCGAGCUGGAGAACGAUUGUGGGGAGAAGCCGGCCGACCUCAUUGACCUGGACAACAGGGAGCUGCUGGAGCUCUUCGGGUUGGCAGCAAACGACUGAGAGCGGCCAGCUUCUGGGGUUUUUCACUCUCAUCUAAAAAGCUGCUGCAAGUGCUGCAGAAAUAGGCGAGCAAGAGAAGCUGCGUUUAUCGUGGACUCCGAUGUCCUGAGCUGCCUCAGUUCUCACGGAGCUGCAGGGCUGAGGAGGACAGAGGCCUGACCAGAGGUGACCGGACCUCCUCCAAGUUAACGAAUGGAGCUGCAAGCUGAUGUCUUAACUGCUGAAUGCUUUCAGAGUUUCACAUUUUUUAUAUAUAUGCACACAUUUUAACCUGUAAAUCCAGCAAACACUGUCGUCAUUUUGAAUCUACUGUUUUUUUUAUACUUUGUUUAAAUAAACUGAAACAGAUUCUUA